AUGGGUUUGCGUGUCUUGGAGCUCUAUAGUGGGAUCGGUGGCAUGCACUAUGCUGUGAAAGAAAGUGGUGUCUCAGCAGAUGUGGUAGCAGCUGUGGAUAUCAACACUAUUGCUAAUGAGGUCUAUCAAUUUAACUUUCCUGACUGCAAUCUAAUGCAAAGAUCUAUUGAAGGAAUCACUCUAAAGGAGUUCAUGAAAAUUAAUGCUGAUGUGUUGUUGAUGAGUCCUCCCUGUCAGCCAUUUACUAGAGUUGGUUUGCAAGCUGACUCUAAUGACCCAAGAACAAGAAGUUUCUUUCAUCUUCUAAAGACUUUACAAAGUUUAUCUCACCCUCCCAAUUUCAUACUUGUUGAAAACGUCAAGGGUUUUGAAACGUCAGACACUAGGAAUAAUUUAAUUGAGACUUUAAAUGUUUGUAAAUAUGGAUAUCAGGAAUUUUUACUCUCACCAAAUCAAUUUGGUAUACCUAAUUCAAGACUAAGGUAUUUUCUGCUUGCCAAAAGACAUCCGUACAAGUUCAAUUUCAAGUUAACAGAUCAGAUACUCGAGGAACUACCACAGAAACAAAACUUAACUGAAAUGAGCCAAGACUGUACACAGGAAACACGACCAUCCUUGGUAAGAAAGUCUGCUGAGAAGUCUGAUGGUAAUAAAUUUUCAGAUUGUGCCAUGGAUGGAUUGUCUCAAUUGUUAGAACAUUGUAGCUGCAUAUCUGACAAAGUAACAGAAUCAUGUGAUGAUGAUGGAGCUUCUUCGUCUUCAUCUCAUCUUCUUGUUGCCAAUAGCAACAUUGAUCACAAUGAUCAGAGUAUACGAUGUGUGCGAGAGUUCUUAGAAGGUGAUGUACAAGAUAUCACGGACUAUUUGAUUCCAGAUAAGAUUCUAUUCCGAUUUGGUAAAGUUAUGGAUAUAGUAAAACCUGAUUGCAGGAGAUCAUGCUGUUUUACUAAAGCAUAUCACCAUUAUGUAGAGGGCACAGGAUCGGUUUAUCAAAUGAACACAACGGCUGAUACUAAAAAAGCCUUUGAAAAGUUUUUAAAAUCCCCCAGUGAUGAUGAUGAUGAAAGAAUAUCAUUGCUGAAAAAUCUACAACUCCGAUAUUUCACUCCCAGGGAAGUUGCUAACUUGAUGUGUUUCCCUCCGGAAUUCAGUUUUCCAGAGUCUAUUUCUUUGAAGCAAAGAUAUCGUUUACUUGGAAACAGUUUAAAUGUGCAUGUUGUUGCCGUACUGCUACAGAAGUAUCUAUUGGAUGAUUGUCAACAAAAGAAAUCAUGA